UUCUCUGUGAGUGUGCCAGCGUGUCUUCUUCCUCGAUUCUCGAAACCUAACCUUAGCGCCCCCCCCUCGAUCACAGAACCGUUUCUAAUUUAUCGAUAUUUGCCAUUGUCUCCGAUUCGUUCUUCACCUUACGGGCUUCUAAGACUCUUGUGAUCGAUCCACAUUUCGGCGGUUCUGAUCUGGUCUGCAAUUCGAUCGGGAGCUUGGUCGAGUGAAUUGAGAUAGAGAUUCAGAGAAAGAUCGCUUUCCUUCAUAAAAAAGGUUUUCAUCCAUAAAUGUUCUCGUUGAAACUUGGCAUACGUUACAUGGAAGUUCACUGAUUCAAGCCUGUGAUCGGCUGCUUUUCAAGGACAAUGGACGUGGUUCUCCGGAAGGAGAGAACAUCGAGAGAGAAUUCUGUAGUUUAGAGAAGAAACAUAGAAGAAGAAUGUAAUGAUAAAUUAGCUUUCUCAAUACAAUCGUAUCUCUUUUAUACAAGUUCCAAACUGUCACUUGACUGCUAUGAAACUACCUCACAACUGUAAACUACCAAGACUAGAUACCAACUAAGAAACAAACUCUCAACUGCCCUGUCCAAGCAGGAGGGGCCCAAUACCACUAGCACAAUGACAAAGCUCUGCACUGGUUAUACUCAAGUUACAGUUCUGAUCUCCUAAGCUUUCCUGAUCCCUUUAGUCCAUGAGUCUGCAUCAAUUCCAGCUAGGAUCCUCUCUUGCAGUUGAUCAUUUACUCCAAAAACCUCCUAGGGACUUUCUUCCCCCUUUAGGUUUUUCUUGCUGGAAUGACAUUACUCGUUUUCCCUUGGUUAUUAGUUACGCUGCAAUCGGGUUGACUUUUUUGCUUUCUCAGCUAUUCAUCAUCAUGUGAGACUUGUAUUCUUUAUUUGUGUUCAGAUGCCAUAAGUGAAACACUAGAGGAUAUGACGUUUUUCUUUUGAUGAUAUGUACAAAAUAAUAUGCUUUUGGGCCCCUCUAGGUGAUUCCUUAGCUAUGAGGGAUGUUUAACAUGGAUAGUUUUUAUGUUUUAUUAGUUUGAAGAAAGUAUUGAAUCAAGCUUGUAUUUUUUAAUAAAAACGUUUAUGUAAUUUUUAUGCAUCACGUGGGCUAUUUUUUUUCUGCUUUAAGACUGUUUUUGAUGCUGGGUACUUGUGCUGAUUUGCUUUAGCUAAUUACAUAUGGUCAGGAUUUCUACAGUUCCUUCAUGUCCGAUACAAUUGUUGUCCAAAGAUAUAUUUAGGAGCUCUAUUUUGCUUCUUGUGUUUUGAGAUGGCUGGUGCUGUAUUUCACGCUUAAGCAGUUUGAAGAUUAUAUAAUUGACAGUCUAUAAUUUGCUUUGGUAGUUGGCAAACUGAAUUUCUAAAACCUAAAUGUGUUUCAUAAUCAUGAAUCAUUGGCUGGACUAUUUGUUACAUUGUUGUGCUGCCUUCAUAAGAUUGAUUUUUUACUUUUAAAUGGUUGAUGUUUAUGCUCAACUUGACCCUUCACCUCUUGUAUUUGGUAUUUCAUAUUCUCCUCGAAAUUUAGAAGUUAAUUUGAUGUGCAACUUGACAAUGCACUUGUGAGCUUUCAUAUGGAAAACGUUGUAGUGUAAAGCAUGCUUUUCUUUCACAACAUGUACUACUGGAAUCAGAAAUUUUGUGACCAUUGAAAAAGGGACAACUAUUGACAAGCUAUAUUUCAUUUCACAGUGCAUUUAAAUAUUUUCUGGACAAUUGCUUAUGUCCUUCAUAGAACCUGCUUUUAAAAUUUCUUCCCACUACUGCCUUUGUCUUUCUUGUUUCAGCUCCUCAUAUUGGUUGGAAAUGUUGAUCUCUAUUUUUGGGCUUUUAGUUCCUUGUGAAAGACUCGCUGCUGUGACGACUGUACUCCAGAUUGUAUGGCUUUCUAGUUGGGAGAGACGUUGCUCAAGGAGUGGAAAUGACAUUUUAUACUGAGGAGGAGCAAACUCAGGAUUAUCUUUUUAAGAUUGUCUUGGUUGGUGAUUCAGCUGUGGGGAAAUCAAACUUGCUUGCUAGAUUUGCAAGAAAUGAAUUUUACGCUAAUUCUAAAUCAACUAUUGGGGUAGAGUUCCAAACUCAGAAAAUGGAUAUCGAUGGAAAAGAAGUCAAGGCACAAAUCUGGGACACAGCCGGUCAGGAGCGUUUCAGGGCAGUUACAUCUGCGUAUUAUAGGGGGGCAGUUGGAGCUCUUCUGGUCUAUGAUAUUAGUAGGCGUCAGACAUUCGGUAACAUUGGCAGAUGGCUUAAUGAACUUCACACUCACUCUGACAUGAAUGUAGUUACUGUACUCGUUGGGAACAAAUCUGAUCUUAAAGAUGCGAGGGAGGUUUCCACAGCUGAAGGCAAGGCCUUAGCUGAAGAACAGGGUUUGUUUUUCAUAGAAACUUCAGCUCUUGACUCUUCAAAUGUAGUUGCUGCCUUCCAAAUUGUUGUGAAAGAGAUUUAUAAUAUCUUGAGCCGGAAAGUAAUACAAACACAAGAGAACAAGAAACAGGAUGCUACAUGGGCCGGAAAUGGUAAGACUGUUGUUUUAGAGGAAGAUGGGAACCAAGAGCCAGGUCAAACUACAAAAGCUGGGUGUUGUUCAUCUUAAAGCGACUAAGUUUGUUAGUGCCAGUCUGAGUCCCUUAUAUCUUUUCCUGUACUGCUUGUUCUCCCUCGCCCUAAUUUCACUCUUCAAGGUUUUAGCUGUUUCUUCCAUCAUGUGUAAUUCAUAUCCCUGUUGCUUCCAAAAUGUUGCAACAUUUAUUUUUUCUGGUUUUCUUGUUCUUUUCUUUCUUUUCUUUCUGGGUUAUCAGGAGAAAGUGGAGUAGAAAUUGUAGAUGACUUGAAGGGGAUAAAAUGAUUUUGUUGUAAAGUUGAAUGAGUUUCAGUA